AUGACACCUGUUUGUCCUUUCACCAAAGCAUCCCGUCCUGAUGAUGCGUCUGGCAAGAGAGUUGGCGAGAGCCAAAGUAGACAGCACGCAAAUGAUAACAAGGGUCAACAAGAGAAUGUGAUUUCACCAAAGUGCCCUUUUGGAUAUGACUCUCAGACAUUUAAGUUAGGCCCCCUCAGCUGCAUGAUAUGCCAAGCACUUCUCUUUCAAUGCAGUAAAUGUGUGCCCUGCUCUCAUGUAUUUUGCAAAGUUUGCAUAUCGAGGUUUAAGGAUUGUCCUUUAUGUGGUGCUGACAUUGAGAAGAUUGAAGAUGAUCUGAAUCUCCAGAGUGUCGUUGAUCGAUUCAUUGAAGGUCACGCAAGGAUCAAGAGGUCUCAAGUUGAUGGUGAAAAGGAGGAAAAGGGAGGUGAUAAGAAAACAGUAAUAUAUGAAGAUGUGUCCCUCGAACGAGGUGCUUUCUUGAUGCAGCAGGCCAUGAGGGCACUUCGUGCAAAUAAUAUAGAAAGUGCAAAAUCAAGAUUUAGUUUCUGCGCUGAAGAUGUCAGAGAACAAUUGGAAAGUACAGGAAAUACUCCCGAUUUGUGCUCUCAGCUUGGUGCCGUUUUGGGUAUGCUUGGCGAUUGCUGCCGAGCUACUGGCGACGCUAGUUCUGCGAUUUCGUACUUUGAAGAAAGUGUCAAUUUCCUUAUGAAAGUGCCUAAGGAUAACCCAGAGAUAACACAUACACUUUCUGUCUCACUGAAUAAAAUUGGAGAUCUAAAAUACUACGAAGGGGAUUUACAAGGAGCACGGUCAUAUUAUUUUCAGGCUUUGGAUGUUAUUGAUGUGGCUGUAUCAAUUGCUAAAGUUGCUGAUGUGGAUAGAAAUAUCGGAAAUAACGACACAGCUAUUGCUGGUUUUGAAGAGGGCGUAAAAUUACUGAGCUCGUUAACAAUAGGAGCUGAGGAAGUUGGACUUGAACAACGGAGGAUUUCAGUGCUCGAGUUCCUCAACAACCAACUCAGAAAAUAG